UAAAAUUCAGAACGAUAAUAAAAAAAAAAGCACAAAAAAGUUCAAACAAAGCAUAAUCUCAACUCUCUGUUCUUCGAUGUCCUCUAUAUCAUCAACUUAAUCGAUCAUCAGCUUUAAUUUCAGAUCUCAGAUCCAAAAUCGCAAAAAAAAGGGUUUUGAUGGAGAGUUUAGCGCAACUGGAAGCUUUAUGUGAAAGAUUAUACAAUUCACAGGAUUCUGUGGAGAGAGCGCAUGCGGAGAAUACAUUGAAAUGUUUUUCAGUGAAUACAGAUUAUAUUUCACAGUGUCAAUACAUACUUGAUAAUGCAUUGACUCCUUAUGCUUUAAUGCUUGCUAGUUCUAGUCUUUUAAAGCAAGUUACUGAGCAUAGUUUGUCGUUACAGCUUCGUCUCGAUAUUCGUAACUAUCUCGUUAAUUAUCUUGCUACUAGAGGACCUGAAUUGCAGUCUUUUGUUAUUGCUUCUCUGAUUCAACUUUUGUGCCGUGUUACGAAGUUUGGCUGGUUUGAUGAUGAUAGAUUUAGAGAUGUGGUUAAGGAGUCUACUAAUUUCUUGAGUCAGCAGGCAACAUCGGAUCAUUAUGCCAUUGGUUUGAAGAUUUUGAAUCAGCUCGUCUCUGAGAUGAAUCAGCCUAACCCUGGGUUGCCUUCAACGCAUCAUCGGAGGGUGGCAUGCAACUUCCGGGAUCAGUCACUUUUUCAAAUAUUCCAAAUAUCUUUAACUUCAUUGCUUCAAUUGAAAAAUGAUGUUGCAAGCCGACUGCGAGAAUCAGCACUCUCUCUUUCGCUCAAAUGUUUAUCAUUUGAUUUUGUUGGGACAUCAGUUGAUGAAAGCUCAGAAGAGUUUGGUACUGUUCAGAUUCCAUCAUCUUGGAGGCCAGUUUUAGAGGAUCCAUCAACACUACAGAUAUUUUUUGAUUAUUAUGCAAUCACAACAGCUCCUCUUUCUAAAGAGGCAUUGGAGUGUUUGGUUCGGCUUGCAUCCGUGAGACGUUCUUUGUUUACAAAUGAUGGUACCCGUUCUAAGUUUUUGGCGCAUUUAAUGACUGGAACAAAAGAAAUUCUACAAACUGGACAAGGUCUUGCUGAUCAUGAUAAUUACCAUGAAUAUUGUCGUCUCCUUGGACGUUUCAGAGUAAAUUAUCAGCUGUCAGAGCUUGUGAAUGUGGAAGGCUAUGGUGAUUGGAUACAACUAGUGGCAGAGUUCACUUUAAAGUCUCUACAGUCUUGGCAGUGGGCCAGUAGCAGUGUAUACUACCUUUUAGGGCUGUGGUCUAGAUUAGUGACAUCUGUACCAUAUCUGAAGGGUGAUGCACCAAGUAUGCUUGAUGGAUUUGUUCCCAAAAUUACUGAAGGUUUUAUCACGUCAAGAUUUAACUCGGUGCAGGCAGGUUUUCCAGAUGACCUAUCGGACAAUCCCUUAGACAAUGUUGAGCUUCUUCAGGAUCAGCUGGACUGCUUUCCUCAUCUCUGUAGAUUCCAGUACGAAAGCACUGGUUUAUAUAUAACAAAGAUCAUGGAGCCUCUUCUGCAAUCUUACACGGAAAGAGUUAGAGUUCAAACAACCGAAGGCAAUGAAUUGGCUGUUAUUGAGGCAAAGCUUGCUUGGAUUGUUCAUAUCAUUGCCGCUAUUCUUAAAAUCAAACAAUCUACUGGCUGUAGUGUGGAGUCCCAAGAAGUGCUUGAUGCAGAACUUUCAGCUCGUGUUUUGCAAUUAAUUAAUGUCACAGAUAGUGGGCUUCAUAGCCAGAGAUACGGCGAACUGAGUAAGCAAAGACUUGAUCGGGCUAUUCUUACCUUCUUUCAGCAUUUCCGAAAAUCUUAUGUUGGUGAUCAGGCUGUGCACUCAUCCAAGCAGUUAUAUGCUCGAUUGUCUGAACUUCUUGGACUACACGAUCAUCUGGUGUUGCUGAAUGUGAUUGUCGGGAAGAUUGCUACUAAUCUAAAGUGCUACACAGAGAGUGAGGAGGUCAUUGAUCACACUUUAAAUUUGUUCUUGGAGUUGGCAUCUGGCUAUAUGACUGGAAAGCUGCUAUUGAAGUUAGACACUAUUAAAUUUAUAGUUGCUAACCAUACUAGGGAGCACUUCCCCUUUUUAGAAGAAUACAGAUGCUCUCGCAGCAGAACAACAUUUUAUUACACUAUUGGCUGGUUAAUAUUCAUGGAGGACAGCCCCGUGAAAUUCAAGUCUUCUAUGGAACCACUCUUACAGGUUUUCAUUCGUUUGGAAACAACACCUGAUGCAAUGUUUCGAACUGAUGCGGUUAAGUUCGCUUUAAUUGGGCAAAUGAGGGAUCUUAGAGGCAUCGCUAUGGCUACAAACAGUCGAAGAACUUAUGGGCUUUUAUUUGAUUGGCUAUAUCCUUCUCACUUGCCACUUCUCUUGAAAGGGCUUUCCCAUUGGGCAGAUACACCCGAGGUUACUACACCAUUGUUAAAAUUCAUGGCUGAAUUUGUGCUAAAUAAAGCCCAACGUUUAACUUUCGAUUCAUCUUCCCCAAAUGGAAUUCUUCUUUUCCGGGAGGUCAGCAAAAUGAUUGUAGCCUACGGCACCAGGAUUUUAUCUCUUCCAAAUGUUGCUGACAUAUAUGCCUAUAAAUACAAGGGAAUAUGGAUUUGUUUAACGAUUCUCUCUAGAGCUCUUUCGGGAAAUUAUGUCAAUUUUGGUGUGUUUGAACUAUAUGGCGAUAGAGCUCUUGCUGAUGCACUUGAUAUUGCUCUAAAGAUGACUCUGUCAGUUCCUCUGGCUGACAUAUUGGCAUAUCGGAAGCUGACAAAGGCUUACUUUGCAUUUCUGGAGGUCCUAUUCAGCAGCCAUAUUGUUUUCAUUCUGAAUCUAGACACCAACACCUUUAUGCAUUUAGUUGGAUCCUUAGAAUCUGGUCUCAAAGGUCUGGAUACGAGUAUCUCAUCACAGUGUGCGUCUGCUGUUGAAAAUUUGGCUGCAUACUAUUUCAACAACGUCACGAUGGGGGAGGCACCCACUUCACCUGCUGCGGCUAAGCUUGCUCGACAUAUUGCAGACUGCCCCAAUCUAUUCCCAGAAAUAUUGAAGACCCUGUUUGAGAUUGUUUUAUUUGAGGAUUGUGGCAAUCAGUGGAGUCUCAGUAGACCUAUGUUGAGCUUAAUUCUUAUUAGUGAGCAGUUAUUCUCUGAUUUGAAGGCUCAAAUUCUGGUUUCGCAGCCGUUGGAUCAGCAUCAGCGACUUUACAUUUGUUUUGAUAAGCUGAUGGCAGAUGUUACGAGAAGCUUGGAUUCAAAGAACAGGGACAGGUUUACUCAGAAUUUGACUGUUUUCAGAAACGAAUUUCGCAUCAAAUAGCUUCCCUUUUUGUCGCUUUUAGCUGCUCGAUUUGGGGAUUGCAGUAUAUCCCUCCAGAUGACGAUUGAAGAAUCACAAGUAACUUACACCAAUUAGACUUGUACAAAUAGACUCUUUUCCAAGGGGAGAGGAGCAUGUUUUUGAUGCCGUGUCUGUAUUUUAUGGGUUAAAUCAGUUAGAAGCUAAUAUCUAUAGAAAGAAUAGAAAAAGAUGAAAAUUGUUUGCAGAGGAGACAGGUGGUGUUGUAUGAGAUUUUUGUGGUGUACAGAUUGCCCUUUUUGUUGACUAAAUUCCAGAAUUGGAGAGGAAGAUAGUAGAAAGUAAUAGAUGGUAUAGUAUGGGAAGGAAGAUUUGAAUGGUGGGGCUUGAUAGUUGCUGAGAGUAUUAAUUCUUUUUAGGACUAAGAUGUAAAAAUCAAAUCAUUCAUGAGUUUUGUGUUUUAGUGGUGGGUUUAAAGCAGGUUUUUGUACAUUAACCUCAACAUUAUUAUUCUUUGUAUCUCUGUUGAUAAUAGAAAGAAAAAGAGAAUGCAUUUUAGUCUUUUAUCA